AUCCGUGCAGUCUCGGUAACUCGGUUGCCAAAGAGGGGAAUUUAUUGGAUUUUCAGACUAGCUGGUUGAAGAAGGAAGACUUCUAGAAGUUUAUUUAAGAAGGUUGUGGAAAGUUAAUUUGCCAGAAGAAAAGAAAAAAGAGAGUGCAACUGAAGGAAUCUCCAAACAAUUAAGAGGCAGUGCCAUGUCAAUCCUGACCUGCGCAGAAAUGGCUGAGAACUGGCCUCUGAGCUUCCUGGAGGAGGAGGCAAUAGCAGCAGCGACAGCGGCCCUAACCACGGUGGACGAAAGCAGCAGCAGCAGCAGCAGCAGCUCAGUCAACCUGGACGACAGUCUAACCAGCCUGCAAUGGCUCCAGGAGUUUUCCAUCGUCAACUCUGAUGGAAACCAGCACGUCAGAACAGCUCAGCCCAGUCGUGACCUAAAUGUGUACUUGGAGAGCUCAGAGGGGCCUUCCUCACCCCUUGCUGCCGACCCGGCCUCCAUGGGCAUGCCUCACACCCCCGGCAAGCCCACCUCCUCUGCCUCCAUCUGCCGAACCGCCCAACACCCUGGCCUGGGACCCCAGGGUGAGCCCCUGGAUGAGGUGGACUACCGGACCAACCCUCACAUCAAGCCCCCCUACUCCUACGCCACUCUCAUCUGCAUGGCCAUGCAGGCCAGCAAUAAGAGCAAGAUCAUGCUGUCUGCCAUCUACAAGUGGAUCACAGACAACUACUGCUACUUCAAACACGCCGACCCGACCUGGCAGAAUUCCAUCCGUCACAACCUGUCCCUCAAUAAGUGCUUCAUCAAAGUCCCGCGGGAGAAGGACGAGCCCGGCAAAGGUGGCUUUUGGAAGAUCGACCCCCAGUACGCAGACAGGCUUCUCAAUGGGGCCUUCAAGAAGAGGAGAAUGCCCCCAGUUCAUAUCAACCCCGCCUUCCAGGCCAGGAUGCGUCCAGAGCCCAGCUUAGCCAACAUUGCUGAUGUGAUGAACAGCCAGCUGUGUGUGAGCCAGGAGUCCCAGCAGCUAUUGAAGGAGUUUGAAGAAGUCACCAAUGACCAGAACUGGGAUCCAUCAGAGAUGGGGAAAGUUGGCCACAAGAGGAAGCAGCCCCUACCCAAGAGGAUGAUGGUCAAGGCCCCACGCCGCUCUAGCUCACCCCUUCUCACCACGGAGGAACAGAAAGAACUGGGCUCCCUGAAGGGCGAUUUCGACUGGGAUGCCAUCCUGGACUCUGCGCUCUCCGGCGACCUCAGUGAAGAACUUGAACAUGUGCCUUCACUGAGCCCCAUCCCUGGAGAGGUGAACCUGACCGUCCGGGGUACACACAUUGACCGGCCUCAGCAGUGGAGCCCCCUAGAGCCCAGCGGCCACAUAGACCACAUCCUGACCCAAACCAACCAGGGCAACCUAGACUUUGAUGAGGAGACCUUCCUGGCCACUGCUUUCCUGCAGAACCCCUGGGAGGAAGGCAGGAACGACUUUCUAUCCAACUCGGCGGUCAACCUGGACCAGCUGUUUGACCUGGGCGACUCAUUCUCAUGCAGUAGGAUAGAGGCAUUUCUAUGAAGCAUGCCUUCAACUAGGUAGACAAUUUAUCAAUUGUAGGGGACGUGUCUAAUCGACAGGAAAAUAGACAACCAAGACUGUCUGUUGUAUCUCUUGGAUACCAGUGGCUCCCAGAACUGGAAAGCUUAAGCUAUGAAACAGUAGAUAUUCAAUAGACUUGACCCCUGGUCAAAUACGGCACUCAAAAAACCUAGUGGGGUGAGUGGCCCAAUAGUGCACGAUUAUUGAAUUUAUGUAAAAUGUGUAUAAAAAGACUUAAAUGAUAGCUUUGCAUGCAAAGAAAAUGAAUUAAAAUCAUGAAAAUA